CUGAACUGACAAGAAAGAAAGAAAGCAAAGCAAAGCUUAGCACAGUCGUACAAAGAUGGCUCCACGAGAUAAGCCUAAUGGGGUUAAAGGAGGAAACGGUGGAGGUGCCGGUAGCGGCAAGGAAGUGCAUUUCAGGGGUGUGAGAAAGAGACCAUGGGGUCGGUACGCUGCCGAGAUCAGGGAUCCCGGCAAGAAAAGUCGUGUUUGGUUGGGAACCUUCGAUACGGCGGAGGAAGCAGCAAGAGCUUAUGAUGCUGCGGCCAGAGAGUUUCGUGGUUCUAAGGCUAAAACUAACUUCCCUUUAACUUCUGAGUGUAACAACACCACCACCAACAAUAAUAACCAGUCGAGUCCUAGCCAGAGCAGCACCGUUGAGUCUUCGAGCCGGGAAGGGUUUUCUCCAGCACCGAUCGUACCUCCUUCGCCUUUGAACCUUGAUCUGUUGCAUCGCGGUGUUGGUUCUGGUGCCGCCGCCGGCGGCAGUGCCGGUCCUGGUGGAGGGUUUGCUAUGAGGUUCCCGUUUCACCACCAUUCUCAUCCUCAUCAUCAACAACAGCAGGCUGCUGCAACGGCAGCAGCGGCUGCCGCUGUUGGGGUUUUGCCGACCGCGCAUCCGUUUUUCUUUUUUGACCCGUUCAUACGGUCGGAGAGCAUAAACAUGAACAUGAAUCAUCACCACCACAUGAACCAUCACCAUCUGAGGUUCGACCCAGUCGCCGCUGCUGCUGACUUCCAGGCUGCUUUUGCUGGCGCCGGUGGUGGGGCCCAAAGCGAUUCCGACUCAUCUUCCGUUGUGGAUUUCAGCCACCACUCACACAGUCCUCCUAGAGGACUCCGUGAUCUUGACCUCAAUCUUCCCCCUCCGCCGGAAGUUGCUUGAUACCGGAUUUUGAGAGCGGCGCCGGGAUCAGAUCAGGCUUUUGUUACCCGAUAUUUUUAGUUCCAUUUCAAAGUUCUUGCUCCUUUAUUUUUUUCUAAGAAGGAAAAAGAAAAAACCAAAAAAAGAGAGAAAAGACCGAGACCGGAAUUAUUAUGUAAAUAUGUGACCCGAACCUUUUUUUUUCCUAUCCCAAGCUGUUUUUUACAACUGAGAAAUCAGAAGUUUCUCAAUGUUGUUCUUUAUCACAGCUACUACUGUAACCUUUUUCAUCGAUAUUUUCAAUUUUUCCCUUCAAUGGAGUAUUUGAUGUUCUAUAACUGCUC